AUGGACAUAAUCGACCUAUACUCCAACCAAGAGGACGGUGGCACUUCCGGUCGCAGUCGAUGGUACCGCUUCCUGUCGUUUUUGGGAUUCCAUCCCCACAGAUCUCGAAAGCCGUACCUUUCAUUCAAGGAUAUUGUCACUCCAUAUCCUCUGCGGAGAAUUACCGUCUAUAGCAGCUAUCAUGACUUCAAAUCACAAACCAUACGAGAGUCCAAGUACUCACGGAUCAUCCAGCUAUCCGAUCGACGUUCUACUCUACGUCGGUCGCGUGUGCCGGAAAUGGGGUCGCGUGGUUCUUGGGAUCACCAGGAAACCAUCGGAUCGUAUGGCUCAAGCAUCCACAUAGAAGAAGCGGUCCCAGUGAGGGCGUUGUCGUCGGACGCGGUACGACCCUUGAUGAGCGUCUCUUCAAUGACAGGUCUUAUACCAUCUGUGGAGCAGCGGUCACAGGAACAGCCAGUCGCGCGCGAUCCAAACUCCGGCUCCGAUAGCUCUCCGUUUGUGAGUGCCAAGAGCAAAAUCAGCAAGGAGUCUCCGGCGAGCGAUAACCGUUCGACUUACGGCGCGUCAUCAUCGGUGAUGUUCCACGAGAAUGUGGAGUCCGAAGACGAUACCGCAGAGGUCAUCAAGCUGUACGAGAGCAUCGAGCCCGAACCCGAUAGGAUCAUUCUGCAAGACCGCGAGCCCGAGCCUGAUCGCAUUGCCCUGCAAGAACCAAUAGAAACCACUUCAUUGCACUCACUGCCUGAGAGAAUCAUUCUGAAAGAGUCUGUUUCUCUACCUCAAACUCCAAAGCCAAAAUCCACGUUCCAGGGCCCUGCAACCGUUCCAGCCACUCCAAAAACUGGACACCACCGCACACCGUCCACCGGACAGCCUGUGAGCAGCUUUGCCACGCCAAAACUCAACGAAAGCUCAGAGUGCUUCAUUGAUUUCGAGGACGACAUCGAAGAAGAGAAACUGGUGCCCAAGGACCUGGGUGAAAAACUGAUUGAGCCGCUGCGCAGACUGUCUGCGUCCAAGAAAUCAAGAACAAGUCCAAUGUCGAGCCAACCGGGCUCCAAAAGGGCCUCCACAAUAUUCAACACAAUCUCGAGUCCUAUGAUGAAGUCCUCGUCGACGGAAUGGUCCGAAAGAUCAGGACUCCGGUCCCCAUAUAGAAGCCAGUCCGAACAGCUACCAGUGUCUCCAAUCAAAAAUAGGACCAAAUCAGAAGAUUUGAAUUUCGUCCCUGAGCGUCCACCACGCCGACCAAAAGCGGCAAGCAUCAGUCUCACGUCGCCAUCUCUUAUCGAACAGCACGAACCAAAACACGAUUAUCAUUAUAUAUGA